CCAGAGCUCGCCUCUCGAAGCCAAAAAAAGGAGCUCCCAUCACUCACAUGGAGUCCCUCCCCCUCUCACUCUGCUCCUCUGUCCCCACCUCUUCCCCUUGACUCUUUUCUCUUCCCAGUCUUCUUCUCUGGUAACUACUGGUCCUCCCUUCCUUAAUAAAAUUAAAAGGCCCGAGUCGAAACGAGCAAGACCUCUGAGACGGAGCCAUCAUCAUCACCACUUCAUUCCCCUUUUUCCCCCUUAGGAGCCGACGAUCUCCCGCCAGAUCACGUCAACGCCAUCCUAGCCGUCCGCCCUGCAUCGCACGGUCGCUGAGAGAGGCAAUGGCGCGGCCGUGGUAGAGGGAACUCGGCCCCGGAGGUUAGAGAGAGAGAGAGAGAGAGAGAGAGAGAGGUUGCGAGUAGGAGGAGGUGGAAAUGGGGGAGAGCGGCGUCGGAGGACCGGCGAUGGCUCCGCUGAACGUGGAGCGUGGGGAGGAGAGGUGGAGGCACUUCGACAACUCGGUGAAUGCUGUCUCCUUCGGUUUCGUCGCCACCGCCAUCCUCAUCUCCAUGUUCCUCGUCAUGGCCAUCUUCGAGCGCUUCCUCCGCUCCAGGUCCCCCCUCCUCUCCUCCGACGAUGGCCGGAUGCGGACGCCCUCUUCCUCCGCGGAUCUCGAGGCGCAGCACCGCCGGGGCAUCGCCGGCAAGCUCGAUUACCCUUCGCCCAAGAUGUCAGUCUAUGCAAAAGGGGUUUCAGUUCUGAUGCCUGGCCAUGAUAUCCCCACCUUCAUCGCGCACCCUGCCCCUGCACCUUGUCCUCCUGAACAAAUCUCUUGGCCUUCUCAUCAACAUAAUCAAAUCAGUGGUUCUACAUCAAAUUUAAGUUAGGAAUCUCAGCGCGUGGCAUCCGAUUCAUCUUUGGUCAACCAAAUUCUUAUCUUCCCACAAUGUCCAUUUCCAUUUGGACACCAUAUUUGGUUCCACCUGAGGCAGUUCAGGUAGGAGCGGUUGUAACCCAUGUUUCCUAUGUGAGCUGCUGCAAGAGACUGUCAAAAUAUGUAUAAAAUCAGCUCGUUCAUGUCGUUUGUGCUGCCCCUGUUCCUUCAGGGAAUGGUGUGGUGGCUUUCUCAAGGACGCCUAUCAUUCUGUCCAAUUGUAACUGCAACUUGGAUGUUUUGAAACAGUGGGCUUGUAGGCCAUUAAGUUUCAAUCUGUCCAAGACUUUUGUGACAAAUCUUCAGGAGAAAUCUUUCGAGUUCUAGACA